GGCUACUGCUACUCUGAUCAACCUGGGCACUUCUUAAGGAUUUCUGGGACAUGUAGUCCACUGCUUGCAUUUCUUUCUUCCUGCCCUGGGUCUUAAUCUCGACUCUCUGCUGGAACCCAAGACAAAGGGGAUCUGAAACUUAGCGAGAACACCACAACAGUAAUGACAGGAGAGGAUAGCGAUGGUGAUGAUGAUGAAGAUGAUGACAGCGGAAAAGGCGGGAGAUAGACCGGUUGCCAAGGACUGGGCUGUGGAGUGGGACUUAAACCAAUAGACGAGUACAUGCUGUUGGUAUUUUGCCAUACAUGUGCUAAUUGAGCUGUGAUUCUUUGAAAAAAAAAAGGCUUUCCUUUGCCUUUCAAAGAAAACACUCUCAUCCUCUUGCCGAGCCUUGCCGAGCGCUUCCUGCCUCUGCCUGCCUGAAGUAUUACGAGUAGUAAUACAACAUGUACCAAUGUACCAAUGAGAUGGGCUUGUAUAUUCUCCACAGAUUAAUUACUGGACACUUCUCACCAGAUUUCUUCAUAUUUUCAAUUUUUUCCACCACAGGACUUCAACAUCUGUAACUGAACUACUAUACAUACUUUUUUUUAAAUAUAGACGCAUAUUAUUGGGGAAAAUAGACAAGCCUAAGACUACAUAAGUCUACCUACUUAUGUAGCAACAUUUUACUAGGACAAUAAAGAUCCUAUACUUGUACAUAGUACACAUAACACACACACACAAACACACACACACACACACAAUCACAUCACACACUAUCACAAAUAUGCACACGUGUGCUAAAACAUUUUACCAUACACAAAAAAAUGGAAAAAGCUCAAAGAUGACGUCAUUCAUGGUUCUGCCUGCAGUAAAAUGGUUUGAUGACUGCAUGGCGUAAAAUAAUUCGAUUGAAUUAAAGCUAAAGCAAAGAUGUCUAAAAACACUUCAGGGAUGAAAUAAAACAGAUAUAGUCAUUAUAUAUAUUAUAAAACCAAAACCUUUUGUACAAAAUGUACAUAUCAGGAAGGAUGGGGAGUGGUAAAUCAAUGUGCAGGAUAAUUCUAUGCAACUGAGCAGAAGAUAGAAUUUGAUUAUGAUAAUUUGAUUAUUAAGGUAUUAGGGUUAAGGGAAUAAAAGUUUGUGUGAUGUGUGUGUGUGUGUGUGAAUAGAGGGGUAGUCCUGCUUUUUCAAGCUCCUCCUCCUCUUCUCUGUGUUGCUGUCAGGGUAAGAAUGCACUUCCCUGACCGCAGCAUAAAAAAAACUAUAGCUGGAACGGCUGAGCUACUUGGGAUGGCUGAGGCUGUAGCCAGUGAGAUGGGCUUGUGUAUUCUCCACAGAUAAAUUUAGAAUGUAUUUAUAAAAAAACGUUGCAUAGCCUAACUGACAUUAAAUAGUAUCGACUUUUGAACUUAAGAAAUCACCUUAGAGAAAAAAAAAAUAAAUAAUAAUAAUUUAAAAUUUAAUUUCAAAUUUCCCAAUAUAUAUAUAGAAAACAUUGGGGAAAAUACACAAGCCUAAUUUGUUACAAUAUUUGUAACCAUAAUGGUGUUAUGCUGCUGAGUGUUUUACAUAUGCUGCAUAACAUCGCCUACUACUGAGAACCGUAAACAGCUGAAGGACACUUACGAGAUGGGCUUGUAUAUUCUCCACAGAUAAUUGUACAUAAUGAAUACUAUAUAUAUAAAUCCUAAAUCCUAAACAAUAUCAGGGAAAAUGGACAAGCCUAAAGCCUAGCUGUUCAGAUCUACGUGUUCUCUGCUUGUACUUCUAAACAAGUGUGUGUUUUUUUCUAAAUGUAAUGUUUAUAUUACAUUUAGUUCCAGUCUAACAGGCAAUUUGUAUAACUGACUAUGUAAAUACCUAUAUAUUUGCAUGGUUAUUAUUCAAUGAUAUUCCUUAUCAUUGAACAUCCUAUUGGCAAUUCCCUAAUCAUCUUGGUUGUGAUAGAACCAUCAAUCAUUGGUCAGUCAUGUUGUACAUUUUAAAACAGAAGUAGAAGUUUCUAUGUGUUUUACAGUUGCUACUUAUUUGCCAUAUUAGGUAAAAUAUAUAGAAUGUAUACAUGGUGAAAUGUACCAUAUAUUUUGUACACAGCAUAUUUUGUGCAAUUUGACCAGAAAUAUAAAAAUUCUCAGAAAGAAACAAACCGGAAAUCGGCAAACCAUGUAAUAUGACCAAAACCUAUAAAUUUGACCAGAAAAUACAUAAAGUAAAUGUGUAAUUUGACCAGGUUGAGCCCAACUUGUUUGGAAAUUCCACCUUUGUUUUACAGUGUAUGAUUAGAAAUAAGUUUUAGGUUUGAGGCUACACUGGCUAAUGUUUGAUGGGGACACACAGAAAACUUCUUUUUAAAUGUUUUGCUGGAGCUUAUGUAGUUUUUGAUUGCGUAUGUGUCUAAAUCACUGCAAAUUAAAGUGUUGUGUCUCUUUCUUGGCUGUGCAGUUAUUUGAACUGUUACUUUACCUUCUCCUCCAAUGCGCCUCAUUUAAAACUGGAUGAAUGAAUUGUAUAAUUGAAAUAGUGUUUACAUACUCUACCAUACUAUACUAAAUUAGAAGCAAAAUUAGAAGCAAAAAAUAAACAUCUACUUCUUCUAAUCUAACAUCUCAUGAUUUUGCUAUUUAUAAGUAAAUGUUUAAGUAAAAUUAACAUUGUUGUUUUAUUUUAUAAACUACAGACAACAUUUCUCCCAAAUUCCUAAUAUAAAUAUAGUCAUUUAGAGUGUUUAUGCAUUUAUGCAGCAAAUGAGAAAUGGCUGAAAUAACAAAAAAGAUGCAGAGCUUUCAGACCUCAAAUAAAGCAAAAAAACAAAAAAAAAAACAUGUUCAUAUUUUUAAAGUUUUAAAAUAUCAAUAUUUUGGAUAAUUUUAUGCCACUCCUGGUGCAAAAAUUCAAGCAGUUCAGUUUGGUUUGAUGGCUUGUGAUCAUCCAUCUUCCUCUUGAUUGUAUUCCAGAGCAUUUCAAUUUGGUAAAAUCAAAGAAACUUUAGGAGGUACAGUAGCUUAUUUGGGCACAAAGAGAUAAAAUAUUACACACAAGCUAAUCAUCAGUCAUCAGCGGACCCAGAAAAUGACUGCCAUGUAUUUAUUAGUGAAUUAAUAUGUUUAUUAAUAGGUUAUAUUUAAUUACCAGAGGUGUCAAAAGUGUUCAAAUGCAUUACUCAAGUAGAAACAUAGAUAUUAGGGUUUAAAAUACUUGUGUAGAAGUUACCAAAUACCAGGUCAAGCUUGUUGCUCAAGUAAAUGUGUAAAAAUAUUGGUUUCAAAACUACUUGAAGAACAAAAGCUUAGGCUGCACCAAAGGGGUCUAUGGUGCACUGCCCCCUCCCCCAAAUAAACUCUUUUUUUAAAAGCCAAAAUGACUAUAAUGUCAUAUUUAAAUGUUAAUGUUGAUACAUUUGGGAUGCACUAGGCUCCCUGUUUGCAUAUAUACCCAUUGAAAAUGAAUGUAUUUUACUACAAUUCAAAUAUAUUAAAGAAGCUUAUUUGGGACAUUUUGCUAAAGUUCUCUUGAGAAUCUGCACAGAUAACAUUCAUUCUGUACUUCACACAUACAUGCUGGAGUGUGAUGUGACAAGCGCAGAUACAAUGGAUCGCAUAUAAUUCAGUAGGGUGUUGGAAUGGUAUAUGUUCAUACAAAAUAAAGUAAAAUGAAAGAAGUAGAAAGCACAUAUAAUGGUAUGAAAAUGUAAGGAAAAAAUCAUCCGAAGAAUUGUUACGCCAGUAAAGUAUAAAUAACCAAAAUUUCUACUUAAGCAAGCAAACGAAGAAGGGACUAACACAGAUGGGAGUGUUCAGGUCAGCUUAUAUAAUUAGUCUCUAUAUGAAUUGUAAAUGUCUUUCCUCUAAUGUGUUUAUGACAGUUAAUAAGGCUUAGAGAGCUUUGAAGCUAGGUCAGGCAGACACGUGUCUGCAGCAUGGCAGAGAGGGAUUACCUUCAUUUUAUUCCUCAUGCAGGCAUGUAAACUGCACGUUUAGCUAACUAAGCAAAUGGAACAAAACCCAGAUAUUCUGCUAUAAUAGUUAUAGAUAUUCUGCUUUAAACUAGUUAUUAAUGCUUAAACCUUAAUAAACUCUCUCAUUAGGCAGCCUCAUUUAGCUAGCUAUGACCUGUAGUUUUGCUUUCUACCCCUAGCCUACUAGUCAAGUAGCUUGACCUACCUACUAUCUACCUCCACUACUUCCCCUCCACCAUACUCUUCCCUUUCGUCUCUGGUAUGACUCUUCUGGUUCCAGUGCCAAAGCCCUCAUACUCCCAGACCAGGGAGAACCUGGUAAAGGCUAUCCCCCCUAAAAUCAUCUGCUUGUUGGCUUGUGGUGGAAGGGACUGCCGCUAUGAGGGCCCUGCAUGCUGGAGAACCAGCCAACAGGCCAUCCGGGGCCUCUUCUCCAGCUGGGUUACCAAUGACAUUAUUGCUAUGGCCCGGCCAUCCACCAAUCUCAUUAAGCGAUACAACAUAAUAGAACAGUUUAAAAAGUUAAACAUUAAAUCCAUCAUUAAUAUGCAGCUCCCAGGUGAACAUGCUCACUGCGGCCCUGACCUGGAGCCUGACAGUGGCUUCACAUAUUCACCACAGGUCUUUAUGGAGAACCAAAUUUACUUCUACAACUUUGGCAUGACUGAUUUUGGGGUCUCGUCUAUAGUCGGGAUGCUGGACGCAGUGAAGGUCUUGACGUUCUCUGUGGAAGAGGGCAAGGUGGCUGUGCACUGUCAUGCUGGGCUUGGCAGAACAGGAGUGCUGAUUGCAUGCUACUUGAUCUACAUGCUGAGAAUCACAGCAAGUGAAGCAAUUCACUAUGUACGAAUCAAGCGGCCCCGGUCCAUUCAGACCCGUGCACAGAUCAGCUUGGUGUUUGACUUUGCCAGACUCAUAGGCUCCCAGCUCGCACAGUAUCCAUGCCUGAACAUGCGUCAUGGAGCACCCUUCACCCUGAGGCAGUAUCUCCAGCGCCAGGCCCUGCUGCUGCAUGGAGAAGAGGCUCGAACCCUUGCCCACACGCCCAAGAUCCUACAUCUUCUAUGCAGCCUACUGACAGCUAUCGCCCAGGGAGCCCCCAGCCCUCCAGAGGUUCAGCUGCAUUUAAAGAGGAAGGCAGCCGUUCUGGCUCUGCAGGCAGAUGUGAGGGAAACGCUGGUGCUGCACAGGUAUCUGCCUGUGCUGACAGAGGGGGAAGGCCCUGUGUCUUCAUGGGAUGAGCCACUGGGUUUCCUGGAGCGGAAGAGAGCAGUGCUUCUGAACAAGCGCAGUUACAGCGAGUCAGAUCUCAGCAAAAUUACUCUGAGUAAGAACUUUGGAUUCAUUCAGUUCUCCACAUCAUUUAUGGAUGAUGGCAAAGUCUGCAAUGGUCAUUUCAGAGAUCAGAGAUCAUCAACUCCUGCCAGUGACAUCUUAACCAAGGAAUCUAACAGUUCAACAGACAGAUACACACCUAUUGCACCAUCAAGUCCUCGCAUGUGUGACACCAGAGCUGCUAAGCGGGCGAAGUUCAUGAUGAAGAAAGCUCAACCAUUCUCAAAGUUCAGCUCGACCAUCGAGCUUUGCAAAAAUCAUGAAUCAGGAAAAGUGUCAUUAUCAUCUAAAGAGGUUGCUGAAGCAAUGGCCCAGCAGGACCAACCUGGAGACAAAAUACUGCAGAGGGCUGCAAAGUUACAGGAUGAACUGAAUCUCAGUGCAUACGGAUGGGCCACGUUAACCAUGGAGGCAGACCCCAAAGUACUGAGCACCCUGAUGUGGGUCUGGCUAGAAAAAAUAAAGGAUCCCAUUCUGAGUGCAGAUGACAUAGAUAAGCUGUGUACAAACACGCCGAGUCAAAAUCCCCUUAGAACGCUGUACAAGUCUCAGCGCAGCACUCUAUGUUGUUUGCUAAGCUGUGUGGGUCAGGUGACAACCCACUGUCCACAGACUGAAACUGCUGUCCUGCAGCGUCUUAUACGAGCACUAACCCGGCGCCCCCCAGAGGAGAUAGCCCGCUCUGACACCGUAAUGAAGCUGUUCCGUUCUACAGUCAGAGAGCUGCAGUGUGUCCGCCCAGCCACAGGGAGUCCCACAACCAACACCAGCUCUUUACAGCAAUUUAUUUAAUAAAGAAAUCUGUUUUCAAAGUGUCUUCAUUUGUUUAAUGUUGUAUGAUUUUGGUAUGAAAUUAGGUGUGAAAUCCAGACAGCCACAUCAAUAUUAAAGUAAUUGGCUGAAGAAUUACAA